AAAACCCACCUGCUAUGGAAGAUUUUGAUGACCUAACUCAGUCAUCUGAAACAUCCUCAGAGUAUGGCAAGUUUCCUUGCUCUAAUUAUGAAGCUACACUAAAGCUAAUUGAACAUCUUAGCCUGGAAUGCAAAGAUCCUGGUAGCCUACUGAAAAUCCGAGAUACAAUUCAUUCAUAUAAAAGGCUAAUACAACUUAAAGAUAGUCACUGCAAAGCACUUGCAGGAAAACUUGGAACUAUGGAAAAUGAAGUGACUGGACUACAUAAGAAGCUCUCAGAAGCAGAACAUGAAAAAAUAAAGCAGGAACAAGAGCUCAGCAAUUUAAGAUUUGCUUUAAAACAAGAAGAGGAGAAGAGAAAAAAUGCUGACUGGGUUUACGAAAAAAUUAAGGAGCAGCUAAGAGAAAAAGAAGAGCAAAAUAAUCAAGAAGUUAACAUGAAACAAAAACUUGAAAUCCGUGUUAGGGAACUGGAUUUGGAAUUGAAGAGUGUGAGAAAUAAUCUUAAUAAAUUCCAAGAAGCACUGGACCAACACAUAGAGCCUGGAGAAUGCGUUAAGAAGAUGCAAGACUGCAUACAGAAACUUGGACUUGAAAAUUGCAAGUUGAAAGCUAUAACAAGAAAGCAAGCAGAGAAAAUUGAACAGUUAAAGAAAAACCAACUAAGUGAAAUUUUGAAUGAUGAUCUUACUGCAAAACUGGAAACUGCAUCUUCCAAGUGUCAACAUCUACAUAAAGAAAACGAGCUGCUUCAGCAGGAGUUACUGUCUAUGAAAACCGCACAAAAGAAAUGUGAAAAACUAAAGCAGCACAAAAAGAAGUUAGAACAAGAAAUAGUUAACCUCAAAAGUCAUAUGGAAAAGAAUAUGAUAGAAUGUGAUCAAAUAGAACAGUAUAAGCGGGAAAUUGAAGAGAAAACAAAGCAGGCCUUAGCGGAAAAAUUAAAACAAGUCAACCUAUUUUUGCAGACUCAAGCAGCGUAUGAAGACAAGCUCGAGGAGUUAAGGCACAAACAGAAUGCUUCAGUACGGACUGAGAUGGAGCUCAGAAUAAGAGACCUGGAAUCUGAAUUCUCUAAAAUGAAGAGUCAAGUAGAUUGUAAUCAAAUAGAAAUGGAAAACUACAAGCAGCUCUACCUAGAAGAGGUCAAAAUUAGGAAAUCAUUAUCAAAUAAACUAAGCAUAACAGAUGAAAGGCUGGCAAAGGUCAAGACCAAACUUCUCCUGGAGAGAAAACAGAACAGAGCUUUGCAAUACAGCACCAUUGACACAAGAUCUGUCUUGGAGUCCACUUGUCAGAGAGACCUUAGUAAUAGAAUUUUCAUUCCAAGAAGUUUCUCUGGAGAAAAUCUAAUGGUUCCUACCUCAAACGUCUGGCAUUCAAUUGAGACCACGGAAAACUGCAAGACCAAGGUGUUGCAGGAGUGGGAACAAAGCAUAACUAGAGAAUUAAGACAAGCUACUGCUGAAUCUGGACUUAAUAAAACUUCUUCUCUAGAAUUUACUCAUAUGUGAAGUCAGAGUCUUCCUAAAGGACCUAUCAGAAGAGUGUGUAGAGAUUUUAAUAUAUAUAUAUGUAUAUGUAUAUACAUAUAUAAAAUUUGAAAUAUAACAUUUUACCUUUAGUAUGUUAUUUGGCUGUUAUUAUGAGACAUUUGGACUAUUUUCCAAUAUGUGUAAAGCAUUAAAGAAUAUUUUGUAUCAGAGAUUAGUGGUAAAAAUUAAAUAUUUUAAACUAUUUUUGCUA